UUUUUUAGCCAAAUAUUUUGAUGUUAUUGAGAUAUUUUGAUGUUGAGAACUUGAGAGACAUACGAACAGCCACACUUUCUGUGCUCAAGCUGUAAGUAAUGGCUGGAAAAGUUCUCUGUGAGGCAACAAAACUGUACAACAUCCUAAAUCAAUACACUCAUCUACCAAGCCUUGCAGAGAGUAACUACCUUUGCCUGAUUGAUGCACGUGCAGCAGAAUCAUAUAACUUUAGCCACAUCAUUACUGCUAGAAAUGCAAAAUGGGAUUCUGACCGAAAGUUUAUUAUGCCCAUGGAUGUUGAGGUUGAAAGUAUGAGGUACAUCAUUGUUUAUGACAGCAAUACACAUUCUCUGUUAGAUUCAGGUCCAGCUAUAGACUGUGCAGACUGCUUAGAAAAAGCAAGCCGCUUUCCUGUUCAGAUUCUUAAUGGGGGCUAUGAGAAGUUUUCUGCACUCUAUCCUUUCCUAAGAACGCAAAAGAUUCUUUACAACAUUAGGGAAUUGGAGAGCUUAAAUCCCUAUCCUGUGGAAAUCUUACCAGGUCAGCUUUACAUGGGUGAUUAUAGGCAGGCCACAAACCCCCAAAUCCUUAAAGAUCUGAAGCUGAAUGCACUUGUCAAUGUCUCUGAUGAAUGCAGUCUAAUGUUUAAAAAGGCAAACUGCACUGUCCUACACAUCCGAAUUGCAGAUUCUGCAGAGGCAGAUUUCACCACUUCAUUUGAGAGAAUGUGUGCUUUUAUUGGUUCUCAUCUCAAUACUGCUUCUCCUGUUUUGAUAUUCUCUACUCUUGGGAUAAGCCGAUGCUGUGCUGUAGCAAUGGCAUAUCUUAUGUAUCACCUGAAAUACACACUUAAGGAGGCCUGGAAUCAUAUUCAGCAGUGCAAAGCCAGCAUGAGACCAAAUCGAGGAUUUGUGCAGCAACUUUCUGAUUGGGAACUUCAGACUGUUGGGAAGAGAGUGACAGAUAUUUCAGAACCCAACUACUGACAAUAACCAUAUGGAACCAGUGCAUGACUGUGCACAUUCAUAUUCCGUGACUUGCUACAGUCACUGAUAAAUCAUAGAUUUUUAUUUACUAUUAAUACAUCAAUAAAAGUAAUAUUACAAAGCAAUAAAUAAACUACUUCCCAUAAACAUAUUGU